GUUAUUAAUCUCGUGCAACUUCGAAAACUAUCCUCUCUCGGUAUACCGGACGAAGGAAGUCAUCGAGGUGUCGUUUGGAGAGUAUUGCUCGGUUAUCUGCCGCUGGAGCUGUCCCAAUGGGAGGGACUUCUGCAGGAGAAGCGACAGCUAUACCACUCAUACUGUGCCGAUUAUUUCGUGCAAACACACGAUGUCCGCACGGGCGAUGCCUUGCGUUGUCGCAAGCGACAACGGAGACGGGGUCGUGUAGUAUCGGUCCCAUCCUAUGCCCGUUGGAACGCGUUGAAGGUAUCGGAACCAAAUUUAAAAAGUAACGAUCUCGACAAGCCGGACUGGAAGGACUUUAUCGAGAGUGCCACUCUUCUAGAUGAAAUCCACAAAGAUGUCGUUCGUACGCAUCCCGAUCUGUCUUUCUUUUUGGAUCCCGAUCAGAAUAUCGGAGAUCGUCGUUACGCCGCCUUGGAGCGUAUCCUUUUCGUCUGGGCCAAGUACAACCAGGGUGUCCGCUACGUGCAAGGAAUGAAUGAAUUGGUGUCGGCCAUGUACUAUGUGUUGGCAAAUGACACGAAUGAGAUUUGGUCAGCAGCGGCAGAAGCCGACACGUACUGGAUUAUGAAUACUCUUUUUAUGGAAAUGCAGGAUGUCUUUGUUGCAGACUUGGACGACGCCGAUACUGGUAUUCAGGGACGCAUGGCCAACUUACACGCACUGUUGACUCGACAUGACCCCGAAGUUCAGGAGCAUUUACAGGAAUUGGGAAUUGAUGCGAGCUUUUACGCAAUUCGGUGGUGGACCACCUUGCUGAGUCGAGAGUUUUUGUUGCCCGAUACAAUCCGUCUUUGGGAUAGUAUGUUUGCGUCGACACGUAAGGACAACUUUUUGCGGUAUGUUUGUGUAACCAUGGUUAUGCUUAUCCGCGACGAUCUCCUCAAGGGAGAUUUUUCGGCUUGUUUACGACUCUUACAAUCCUAUCCACCAUGUCAUAUGGACAAUUUACUU